UUUCUGCCGGAAUCGGUCCGUGCGCGGUCUUUCUGUUUCCGUAUCUGGGAGGAGAGCAGCGGUGUGAUUUCUGAGAAGACUUCUCUGUCUGUCAAAAUGCAGGACCCUAACGAAGACACAGAGUGGAAUGAUAUCCUGAGGAAGAAAGGCAUUCUUCCUCCCAAAGAGACACCUAAAGAUGAUGAAGAGGAGGAGCUGGCCCUCCAACAGCAGUGCGUUGUUAAAACAUAUGAGAGCAUGACACUGGAAGAACUGGAUGAGAAUGAAGAUGAGUUUGGUGAGGAAGAUGAGGCUGCCAUUGAGAUGUACAGGCAGAAGCGUCUUGCAGAGUGGAAGGCUGCUCAGGUGAAGAAUGUGUUCAAGGAGGUGGGAGAAAUUUCAGGGCAAGACUACGUCAAGGAGGUCAACAAGGCCGGAGAGGGCAUCUGGGUGGUGCUGCACCUCUACAAACAGGGCAUCCCACUGUGUACCCUCAUCAACCAGCACCUGAGCACCUUGGCCAGGAAGUUCCCACAGACCAAGUUCCUCAAGUCCAUCUCCACCACCUGCAUCCCCAACUACCCUGACCGUAACCUGCCCACCAUCUUUGUCUAUUUUGAGGGGGAGAUGAAGGCCCAGUUCAUCGGUCCCCUGGUGUUUGGGGGCAUGAACCUCAAAGUUGAAGAGCUGGAGUGGAGGUUAUCAGAGGCCGGGGCAGUGAAGACAGACCUAGAGGAAAACCCCAGGAAGCAGGUUGAAGACAAGCUAAUGUCAUCGAUCAGAUGUUCGCUCCCUACACGAAAGGACAGUGACUCUGAGGACGAGGACUAUUAGCAAAAAAAAAAAGUACCUCUCUCCAAAACCAGAAAGACCAUGUGGCUGCUACGUGGGAAACACUCAGAGGACACUGAAACAUCUGGUGAUGCUUUGUGCAGAGACGGCAUCUCUUUUAUAAGCAAGUACAUUUCAUAUUUUAAGCAGGUAGGUGGCGCUCUUAUACAGGACUCAGUCCUGCUCAAGGGAACUUUGACACUUGGCUGGACAGUCAACCUUAUAUAAUUUGAGUAACGUCCACCUCCAUCACCUGAAUCUUUACAAAAGCAUCAAAGACAAAUUUUAACUUUUUUUUAUUACGUUUCAUGAUAUUUUUGUCACAAAAUGUACAUGUACAUUUAAACCUGUCAGAUUAAAUGUGAGUUCACCUCUUUGCCACAAUAAUCACUGCCCGUUUUUUUCCUCAGUGCUAAUUUUUUUGGGAUCUGUGUCACUGUUGACUAUAAAAGACUUGCUUAAGA